ACUCCCUCCGAUGAACAAACGCUCCCCAGGAGGCCGAGGCCGACACUACACGGGAUGCGAAGCCGAGGCCCCGGAAGGCCGAGGCCGGAGAGCAAGCACCCGUCCCCGUCCCCGCACACGCACACGCACAUGCCAGCAGCAGCAAACGAACCAAAGAAGCCAGGCAAAACGCGACCAAAAUCACAGGCUAGCUAAGCACUAGGCCACCACCAUCACCACCAGCAACAACCAAACCGCAGCAGUAGCAGAAGCAGCAGCCGGAGCCGGAAGUCGGGAGAGCGACUCCGCACGCGUUCGUCCCUUCCACCGAUCGCUUCUCCCCGUCUUCUCCUCGCGCGCGCGCCAGCAGCAACAAUAAGCUAGUUGUCCUGUUCGUUGAUUUAUGUACUGUGGCAAAUUGGAUUGGAGAAGGCAGAAAAUUUGAACCGGAACCUUGAACUUAAAUCUGUCUUCUGAACUUCUGAUUGUAUGGAGUACCUUUUUUGAGAGAUGCCAUCAUCGACACCACCACCACAAAACUUGCUCCCCCUACCAUCACCAGCGGUUGGGCAGAGCACUCGUGUUAAUCUUGGGGAGAUCAAACUAAAACUCAUUAAGAGGAUUGGUGCAGAGCGAGCAAAGAAGUACUUUGAGCACCUGCAGAGGUUUUUAUCUUUGAGGCUGAGCAAGACCGUGUUUGACAAGUUCUUCCUCACAAUACUUGGUCAUGAGAACGUUCAGCUUCAUAACCAACUCAUUCUCUCUAUCUUCCACAAUGCUUGUCGAGCAAGUGGGCCACCAACAGUCAAUGCACCUAAAUCAAUUGGAGUUGCCAAGAAUUCAAAUCAUGUGUUAAUUCCUCCAGUUCCAGUCUGUGACAAUGGUGAUAUUCCACAUCAACAUGUGAAGGACCACCAUCCACCAAGUAGAAAUGCAGAUGCAUCUAAAUGGCAUCCAUCAUCGGAUAAUGGCGAGGAUGUUGUCCAGGAGAAUGGUGUUACACAUUUGACCAAACUGAAGAGAUUUCCAUGGCCUCAACAAAGUGAGCUUGUGGAGCCACUGGUCAAACGACCACGUGUGGAAAAUGUGUAUUCAGAUUUAUUUGACUCACCAAAUAGCAACUAUCCUGUUGGGAUUGUUGACAGAGAAAAUUUGGAAGUGAUUGCACAUCAGGCUCGAGAUCCAGUAAUUGCCCCACUAGGGGUUGCUUUCUGUUCUGGUCGUUUCAGUGGCAGUUGGAAACCUUUGACACUUUCCUCUAGCGCUGGCAGUGAUAACUCUAUUGGUUGUUAUGACCUUGGUCAGCUGUGUGACACUUCAUCACUGAGAAAGCGAAUGGGAAAAAUGGCAGAAACAGAAGGGUUGGAUGGUGUGUCAUUAGAGUGUGCUAAUUCAUUGAAUAAUGGAAUUGAUUUUUUCUUGAAAAAGCUUAUUGGAUCUUGUAUUGAGCUAGUUAUAGCAGGAUCUCAGUAUGAUCGAAUAAAUCCUAAGGCACUGCAGCAACAACUGAGUCGAAAGCUAGUAAGAGGUUUACAGCUGCAAAGUCAGGUGCAUGGUCAAAGCGGUAGUACAUGUCCACAAAUCAGCUCGAUUUCGUUGCAAGACUUAAAGGUAGUAUCACAGCUAAAUCCUCAGCUGCUUGGAGUUAACGCGUCACUGCUACUCGAAAAGAUGAAUCCAUAUGACUAAUCAGUUAGGAAAUGAAUUCGCCUUUCUACAGAGGUCAAUCUUUGCCUAUUAGGCAAGAGGAUAGCAAGUUUUAAAUUCUAUCUCGGUCACAUGCACCAUCAGCCUCAUGGUCUGGGGAUGAGUUUUGCACAUUUUUUGUUGUGCGUUUGGCAACAGGGAAUCUGAACCAACACUUCUUCUCGGUAUGAGAUGUAGCAACACUCAGAGAAAAUGCAUCAAGCUGAAGUUGGAGUACUGAGCGCUGCAGUGCUGAAGUACGAGCCCUGCGGAGCUUGGUUCUCCACAAAUUUUCUUGUCAUGGAAAAGUUCUGGCUUGCUUCCAUGUACUUCUGCAGCUGAGGUGCUGCUUCCUGUUUCAUCUCCGUACAUCACAGCAGAGUCCUAGCUUGCCUUAAUAUACUUGCCGCAGCUGAGGUGUUGCUGACUGUUUCAUCUCCCCCACAACGAAUCUUCUCAGCUUGGUGUGCCUCGUAUGAUGGCUGGUGUAUUUGUUUCAUAAUCUAUUGAUGGACAGAAGAUGCUGGUGAAAAUUGUACAGCAUCCUACUUCCGGUGAACUCCACAGCUCAUAUUUAAGGCUGCUCCAUCAAUAUAAGUGAAGAUCUCAUAUCUUCUGGAGACUGUACACUAUACAAAGGCAUCACUUUGUGCUCCUAUGCACCAUUGAAGAAGCAGGACGGCGCACACAACUUUGGUGCUGCAGGUCUAAAACAGAUUUAGAAUGAUUUUCCAACAUAAAGAGAAGUAAUCUGGGAUCAUGCAAACUUUUAUUGUGGGCCAAACGGAUGACAUUUAGAUGGACCAGUUUUGACUUGAGUGGAGAACCAGAUGGAUGAGCCUUUUGCAAAUAUCCCCUCAGAUGGAAAAAUCAUAUAUUAGGUAUUCCACCACUUUAAGUGUCUUUAAAUCUAAUGCAUCCAAUUAACAACCAGUGAUGUGACUUUGCAUGACCCCUCGGACUGUUAUUGAACAUAUACAUAUUUUUUAUGAAAUCAGAGGAAGCAUGUUCAGAAAGUAUUGAAAAAGAAUAAAUAUAUGGAUAGAAGCUAAAGUGUUGUAGUUGAAUCAUUCCGGCCCUCAACGAUAUUUAUUUUCUAAUGCUUCAUGUUUAAUCUUUCUGACACUGUUAGAUUGCUUCACUAAACAUAUGAAUAGAACUAUUCUACAAACGGGGUAUAGAUAGAAGCUGAACUGUCAUCAAUGAACCGUUUCCAACAUUUGGUCUAUGAGAACAGUCAAAUGAUUGUGGAGUAUCCACCGCAAUAGGGGAUGGAUGGAUAUAUAAGAAAUGGCAUUGUUCAAGGUAAAUUAUACUGAUAAUCAGAUGAGACAAUAUGAUACAUCUCAGAAUGCUACCCUCAUUAAUUAUUUACUUUUUUCUUGAGAAAAAAUAAAUUAGUUAAUAAUUGGGUUAGAUGACCAGGUAUUCAACUGGUUAUCAACCUUAUAUCUUUCUUAUGUGCAGUUUGGUCUAUGAGAACAGUCAAAUAAUUAUGGAGUAUCCACCGCAACAGGGGAUGGAUGGAUAGAUAAGAAAUGGCAUGGUUCAAGAUGCAAAAACCAAGAAAGAGCAUUUGGCAACCAUGGGGAUCCAAAUUACGCUGUCAUUCUGCCAAGAAAGAGGUCUAGAAGCCAUACCUGGGCUGAUCUCAGAGCCGCUCUUUCACAAGAGUCCCGGAGGUCGAUCAAU